CUCUCUGAGUAAAAGUGUUCUGUGGACACAAGCACAACACAACACGCAAAUAGUAGCGCUUGGUUUGUUUUGGGUUAUGAAUUCAUAGUAUUUUCUAUUUUAUAAAUGCAGUGAGGCUUAUCAUUUUAUUACAUUUUCUAAAUCAUAAUGCCGCCACCAGAUUUAUUAUCCAGUCAAGGUUUGCGUCUCGACGGUCGUAGACCUAACGAGUUACGUAGAAUAAGAUGUAAACUAGGAGUUUUCACUCAGCCUGAUGGAAGUGCCUAUUUAGAACAGGGAAAUACGAAGGUUUUGGCUGCUGUUUAUGGUCCACAUCAGGCAGCCAAAUCCAAAAGCUCUGUAGAAGGGGUUGUUGUCAAUUGUCAAUACAGUAUGGCUACAUUUUCUACUGGUGAAAGAAAAAAUCGACCACGUGGUGAUCGCAAGUCACAAGAAAUGUCACUCCAUCUAAGGCAAGCACUAACAGCAGCUAUCAAGACGGAACUGUACCCUCGCUCUCAGAUCGACAUCUACAUAGAAGUUUUACAGGCAGACGGCGGCGCAUACUGCGCGAGCGUGAACGCGGCGACGCUGGCGCUGGUGGACGCGGGCGUGCCGCUGCGUGCGUACGCGUGCGCGUGCAGCGCGUCCAUGGCGUGGCGCGCGGAGCAGCCCGAGCCGCUGCUCGACGUGGGCCACGUGGAGGAGGCGGCGGGCGGUGUGGUGCUCACCGUGGCCAGCCUGCCCAGCACUGGUAGUAUAGCUCUAUUGGAGUUGUCCCACAGACUACACAGUGACUAUUUCGAAAUGGUCUUAAGUAGAGCCAUGCAAGGCUGUAGAGAUAUUGAGAUCGUACUGGAUAAGGCAGUAAGAGAGCAUUUAGCAGAAGGUUGGACAAAAGAAGACAUUGUAACAAUAUGAAAUAUACGAAUUAAACUAUAUGACGUUUUUA